AUGUCAUCAAGCCCAGGAAUUGUAACUACAGUAAUCAUCAUCAUCACGAUUCUUGUCAUAAUGGCCGUUAUCUGUUUAAGUAGAAGAGCUGAAGCUCUUAGGAAAAAUGUUCACCUCCCCCAAUUUUUGACACUAACCAUGGAUAAAUUCCUCAAUGACAUGGAAAAGGAGAAACCAAUCAGAUUUACAUCCCAGCAACUAAGGAUUGCAACUGAUAAUUUUACCAAUCUGCUGGGUUCAGGGGGUUUUGGAGCUGUGUGUAAGGGAGUUUUCAAUAAUGAAACCAUCGUAGCUGUUAAAGUUUUAUAUAGAAGCUCCGAUAAAAAAAUCGAGCAACAAUUCAUGGCAGAAGUGAGUACAAUAGGUAGAGUUCAUCAUUUUAAUCUUGUUCGACUCUACGGCUUCUGCUUUGAUUGGAACCUGAGGGCCCUCGUUUACGAGUACAUGACAAACGGCUCACUUGACAAGUUUUUAUUUAGUGAAGAAAAGAUAUCAGGAUUUCAAAAACUUCAUGAGAUUGCAAUAGGCACGGCAAAAGGGAUCACUUACUUACAUGAGGAGUGCCAGCAGCGAAUUAUUCACUACGACAUAAAGCCUGGAAACAUUCUCCUAGAUGCACAGUUCUCUCCUAAAGUAGCUGAUUUAGGUUUGGCCAAGCUCUACAACAGAAAUACUCAUAUAACCAUGACAGGUGGCAGAGGUACACCAGGAUAUGCAGCACCAGAACUUUGGAUGCCUUAUCCUAUAACCCAUAAGUGUGAUGUUUAUAGCUUUGGAAUGCUACUAUUUGAGAUCAUAGGUAGGAGAAGGAACCUUGACAUUCAACUCCCAGAGAGCCAAGAGUGGUUUCCAAGAUGGGUGUGGAAAAAUAUUGAGAAUGGAGAUUUAGGGGAGUUGAUGAAAGUCUGCGAGAUUGAUGACAUAUGCAGAGAGACAGCCGAGAGAAUGGUCAAAACCGCUCUGUGGUGUGUCCAGUAUAGACCUGAGCAGAGGCCAUUGAUGAGCAUGGUGGUUAAAAUGUUGGAAGGAGCAAUGAAAAUCCCUGCACCUUCCAAUCCAUUUGCGCAUUUGCUUGUGGAGACUCAAAUUCCUAGUAUUCUUGCCCUUACAACAUGGACUGAAAACCCUGUUGAUUCAGAAUCUUCUUCAGUGGUAACAGAAUCAACGUUAGUACGCACAACUCCUACCAUGAAAAAGUAUGAGAUUGAAGUGGCUAGCAGUUCCACUUAG